AUGGCUGCGAUGGGGGAGAGGAACGCCGAAGAUGACGAUCUUUUGAACAUCGAGAUCUUUUUCAUAUAUUCAUGGACGGAAGAAGAGUACCAUGAGGCCAUCGCUGAUGACACCUUUUAUGCCACGGUUGCCGACAAGCUUGAUGCAUCGAGCAUCGCUUACGAAGUGAAUGCUGGAGACGACAGUGACAAGGAAGAAGAAAACGAACAGGAGAAGAGGAAUGCCGCCGUGAAAUUGAAGUUUUACUAUGCUGGAGGCUCGUGCAGACUCAUGUUCCAAUGCACUACGGACGCCGUGAAAUCCGCACUGGAAGCGGCGGCUCGCUCUACUCGGAACAAGAUGGACCUGGUCAACUAUUGCCGCAGCACUAUUCACUCCGAUAAAAUCAACGUUCUCUAUGGGAUGCAGAGUGGCGGUGCGGUCGGUCGACGGUACCCCGUGAGCUCGUUUGCGGCCUACCUUAUGGCAGAAGAUUGCGGUGAGGAAGUCAUUGCGAAGUUGAAGAAGUACCUAACUUAA